GCUCGGCCCCUGAAGGGGUGGGCGCGGCGGGCGCGCGGAGAGGUGGUGGCUGGCGCCAUGGCUUCGGGCACCGCGGCUGUUUACCCCGACACCCCCGCCGGAUUCCCCCGGCACCUCCAGGCCGGCGCGAUGCGGCGCCGCUUCUGGGGCGUGUUCAACUGCCUGUGCGCUGGCGCGUUCGGGGCCCUGGCCGCCGCCUCCGCCAAGCUGGCCUUCGGCAGCCAGGUGAACGUGGGCUUCUGCACCUUAGGCAUUAUUGUGAUGGCGAUGACCAAUUCUCUGAUGUGGACAUUCUUUAGCCGGGGCCUCAGUUUCUCCAUGUCUUCAGCCAUUGCAUCUGUCACGGUGACUUUUUCAAACAUCCUCAGCUCGGCCUUCCUGGGUUUUGUGUUGUAUGGAGAGUGCCAGGAGGUCCUGUGGUGGGGAGGAGCGUUCCUCAUCCUCUGCGGACUCAUCCUCAUCCAUAGGAACCUCUCGCCACUCAGGAAGGCCCUUCCACACAAGCAACAGUAGUGUCAGUCGGCGGGGUGGACCUGCUGGGAAGAGUGAUGGCGGCUCAGGCUGGCGGUGGGGACUACUCCCCUGGGUGAUGUGGGGGUGCUGGGAGAUGCUGCCACGGGCAGCUCCGGCUUCUGAAGCGGUCUUCGUACGUCUGCAUGGUGCUUUUGACUCUCACCCUCCCGGACCCGCCCACUGAUUCUUCACGGAGGCUGGAGACCCCGGGGUCCGUCUGCUUGGUGUAUGGACUUGAACUACGCUGUCGUCGUAGCCCUGUGGCCUAACAAAGGCCAGCCACGUAACACUGGCAUCAGGGCCGGCGGGGCUUUUCGGCAGCUUCACCUUGAUUUUUCCGGUCAUCUGUGUCCUGCUUCUGUGUUAUGUCAAGAGAAGGAAAACGGGAUUUUUUUCUAAGUUAAAACUACCAGCUGUGGAAUCCUAAUUCUUCCCUACAUUUUUUUUCUGUCCUGAUUUUUUGGAGUAAGAGGGAGCAGCCAGGGUGAGCCGCACUUUCCGGAGCAGAGUCGAACCCCCCGCCCCUCCCCCAGGCCUAAGGCCUGCCAAGCCCGAGCGCAUGGCUCCCUCCUGGUCACCAGGUGGUGCUGUUCAGAUCCAGGGGGGUCUGUCCGUUCUCUUGGUAAAAGGAGAAAAGCUGGCCCUCACGUCGGGGACCUAGUUUCAUUUUACUUAUUAGGAAAGAAAAUGGGCUCAGAGGUUGCACCCGCUCCCUUAUGUCACCUCUGGGCCUCUUCUGUGUUUUGAUUUUUCUCUCCCAGAUCCUUGUGACUUUUUUGUGUCUUGCACCAUGUGAAUAAUUCCUGCUUCAAAAUCUCUGUGCUGCCUGCAGUCUCCCUGUGCCUAGCUUCAAGUGUGACGCUCCCCUGCUCUAGUUCCCCGGGGCUCCCCUGGACGUUUGGGCCCUCUCAGCUCUCCUGAGCCUGACUGCUGGCCCCAGGUCGUCUUCAACAUUCUCUGCAGUAAAAAGGGACUUGGGGGCCAGUAGGCUGGGGGAGAAGAGGGUCGUGUCCAGGCUGGCCCCUCUGUGCGCACGUGGCACCUCCAUUGCCCUCCUCCAUUCCUCAUGGCAGCUGACAGAUGGGCUUUCUAAAAUUUCCAUGGCUUCUACCAACUGGGAUCUGGCACUAGCCCACCUCGCCCCAGCUUCUCUCAUGCUGCCUCCUGAGUACCCAAGGAGCGUGCCUGGGCACGCCAGUGUUUAGAAGUCAGGGAGACAUGGAGGAAGCAGGGAGACGCAUAAGCUGACAGCCACUGAGGUGGGAGGAAACCAGGCAAGUGUGGCGUCUUGGAAGCAUCUCCAGAAAAAGGCAGCGAUCACCCGGGCUCAUGCUGCUGAGGGUCAAGUAAGGGCAAGGUUGGGAAAUGGCCUCUGGACCAGGAAAGAACCUUGACAAGAGCAGCUUUGAGGAGUGAGGCCAGGAGCCUGACAGGAUCAGGUUCAUGAGGCAGUGGUGGGUCAUGUCAGUUAAUGCAGAAAAGACAUCUGACAAAACUCAACACUCUUUCAUGAUAAAAGCAUCCAGCAAACUGAAUAGAAGGAAACUGCCUCAACAUGACAAGGACCUCCUAUGAAAAACCACAGUGAACUCCAAAGUCAAUGGCGAAACACUGAAAGAUUUUCCCCUAAGAUCGAGAACAAAGCAAGGAUGCCUGCUUUCACCACUUCCGUUCAACAAGCAUUGAGCAUUCUAGCCAGAGCAGGUAGGCAAGAAAGAGAAAAGGCGUGCAAAUUGGAAAGGAAGAAGUAAAACUUCUCUCUGUGCGAAGAUGACAUGAUCUUAUGUGUAGAAAAUUCUAAAGAUUCCAGGAGGAGGCCGCCCCCUUUCUCAGAAGCCUCAGGCAGGCCCUGGGGAGCCAGCACCCUGCAUUCAGCAGCACCCCCUUCCCUUGAGAGGGGUCCAUCAUCUUGGGAGGAGGCACCUCCUUGUGCCAACAGAAAGCCCUUUGCUGAUAACUGAAGCCCUUGUUCUGCCCUCCAGAGACCUGCUCAAAUGAUCAGUAUACUUUUAAUUAAACUGACUGCUUCAAGAUAACUGCAUGGUCCCCUGGGUCAUGUGUUUUCUCUCUGCGAACAAGCUUUUUUAAGCAUCUUGUGCCAGGGAUCACGUGGGCGCCUGGGGAGCCAGCAGAUCCUCUGAACUCCCAGGGCAAGGGACAUCUCACAGGGUUCGGGCUUCGUCAUUCAGGGCCCUGUUCAGGACGCCCAGCCCCUCCCUCAAAGGCCGUAACCCCGGUUGGACAUACUCUGGCAGAGGCCCAUGUGUGGGCUGAAUGAAGAUUAUUCGGUGUGUAAUUUACAAAACAUUCAGGGUUGGUGGGCUGGACUGUAAAGUAAAAAACCCUCAAUCCUGGCACUUUUGCCCCAAAUGCCUGCCUCCCUGGCAUACAGUAAGUGCUCAAUAAAUGCUCAUUGCAUGAAA